UUUAAUGGUGAUUUAUACCAAGAUGGAUUUAUAAGAAGACAUUUUGUGUUUUCUUUUGUUUUUAGUCUGCAGUACAUCUUGGGAGAGCAGACCUGGGUUGAAUACUGGCCCACACGAGAGGAAAGCCAAACUCCAGAACACAGGGAGCGAUACGUGGGCAUCUCUGAGCUCCAGGAUGCAAAACGAUGCUGCAGUAAACAGGAGAAAGACGGGAUCAGAAAUUUGAAGCGUUUGGAAAAAGCCUGUAAAGAUGACAAGGGUUACGCUUACAAAGUCACAGUGGUGGGGACGGUUCUGGACAAAACCACAGACAUCUAUAGCUUACAGGUGGAGCAGGUCCUGAGAAAUGGUACUGAUAAUGAUGUUGAGGGGCAGUUGAAGAUUUUUCAGGCUCAUCCCAGAUGUAGAGAAUCUUUGGCAUUACAAGAACACAAGUCGUACCUCAUCAUGGGUCCAUCCACUGACCUGGAGUUUCGUGGUGGACGUCUGCAGUAUGUUUUUGGAGUGCAGACCUGGGUUGAAUACUGGCCCACAAAAGAGGAAAGCCAAACUCCAGAACACAUGGAGCGAUACGUCGGAAUCAGCAAACUCGCUGAUACACUUGCUCAACAAGGAUGUGUUAAUUAAUUUUUUUUUCUUUAACAAAAUAAUUUUUAAAAGAUGUUAUGUUGGCCAAAACUUGUAAUCUUUAUAAUAAAGUUGAACUGAAUAUAAUU